AUGAAAGUAUUCUUCUGCCUAGCCGCUUUGCUGGUGGCUACCGCCUGCGCCUCCGAUGAGGUGCCAUUGGAGAAGAAACUGGACAAACGCGGUCUGCUCGAUCUGGGCUAUGGAUAUGGUCAUGCUGGUCUGGAUGUUGGCCACAUCGGUCACGGUUCCCUUGGUCACGGUGCCAGCUAUGGCCUGAGCUCCUAUGGACACUCUGCACCCGCCGCCAUUGCCGUUGGACACAGCGGUGGUGGCAUCUCUUAUGGACACGGUGGUGGUGGCAUCUCUUAUGGCCACAGCGGACCAGCCGUUGCAGUACAAACGCAUGCCGUGCCCGCUCCCUAUGUGAUCAGCAAACAGGCUGAGCUGCACAAGACCAUCAUUGUGACCAAGGGUGUGCCCGUGCCCGUGCAUGUUGACCGCCCCUAUCCAGUUGUGCAUGAGAAGCGUGUGCCCGUUGAGGUUAAGGUGCCCGUGCCACAGCCCUACGAAGUCAUCAAGAAGGUUGCCGUCCCCGUCAAGGAGUACGUGAAGGUGCCCGUCCCAGUGCCACAGCCCUACGAGGUUAUCCGUCACGAGAAGGUGCCCAUCCAUGUGCCCGUCGAUCGUCCAGUGCCCGUUGAGGUGCCCAAGCCCUACCCCGUGCCCGUCGAGAAGCCAUACCCUGUCUACGUGGAGAAGAUCCAGAAGGUGCCCGUGCAUGUGCCAGUCGAUCGCCCCUACCCCGUCUACGUGAAGGAGCCCCAUUACUCGCACUCCGUUGUGAAGCACGCCCCCACCUAUGCCGUCAGCAAAUUCCCGAUCACCGGCUACCCAAUCAGCGGUGCGGGUCAUGAUGCCAGCGUUUACGCCGAUCAUUCUGGCUACCACAAGUAG